UUGAUUUGUUCAACAAAAUAAUAACAUACAGUUUAGGGUUUGUGGAAGGAAACAUGAAUGAACAGUGAGAAACAGGGAGUUUGAAGAAAAAGUUUAGGGUUUGUGUUUAUUUUAGAAUUUAGAAUUUUCUAUCAGAAAGUCGAUCGAUCAUUCACCUUCAAAUGAUCACUCUCGUUUAACAACUGUAUAGCAUACCAAGGUAUUUUUCUAUUUUCCUUUAAUAAUGAUGAAGAAAGAAAACCCUAUGGAAAAUCAUAUUGAUAACAAAGAUAGGAUCAGUGAUUUGCCUGAUAGUCUUUUACUUCACAUACUCUCUUUUUUGAACAUCAAACAAGCUAUUCACACUUGUGUUCUCUCCACAAGAUGGAUCAAUCUCUGGAAGUAUCUUCCCACUCUUUCAUUAGUGUCUUCACAAUUCCCAUCUGUCGAGAUUUUCACCCAAUUCGUCUCUCAGAUCUUGUCUCUUCGCGAUAACUCAGCCGAACUGCACACUCUAAGAUUUAGCCGCAAUAAAGCCAUGGAACCUUGCCUGCUCGAAAUGAUUCUAAAAUACGCUGUUUCACACAAUGUUCAACGAUUAGAUAUCGGUGUUAAAUGUGAUAUUCAACACUUUCCAACUUGUUUAUUGUCAUGCCGCACAUUAACAUCACUUGAUCUUUAUGUUAGUCAUCCUACAGUUUAUGGUACGACCAAAUUGUUUCCUAGUUCUUUGAAUAUGCCACUAUUAACCAGCUUGGGUCUAUGGCACUUUGCCUUUUCGGCUGGAAACGAUGGUCGCGUCGAUCCGUUUUCAGCAUUAACCAGUUUGAAAAGUUUGAAUAUUGUGUAUUGUGAAGUCGUGGACGAGAAAAACCUUUGCAUUUCAAGUGCCAAACUUGUCAAUUUAUGUAUAUACAUGGUUCAUUAUGCACCCAAAACCUAUUUCGGAAUUGAGCUAUCUGCACCAAAUCUUUCUACCUUUAUUUUUAGUGGUAUUCCUGUUCAGAAACUCUGUUGGAGCAAGAGCAAUCUCUCUUCUAUCAAACGAGUAAGUAUUGAUAUAAUAGAAUUUUGGAAAUCAUCGGAGACUUCAUUGGUUCUACUCGACUGGCUGUUUGAACUUGCAAAUAUGAAAUUGUUAGUCAUCUCUUCAACUGCUCUUCAGGUUCUUUCCUUAGUUCCGAGUUUAUCGGUUGAACUCCCUUCCUUUUGUAACUUGAAGUCACUCUGGGUAGAAAAGAGACAAAUUGCAUCCAUACCUGAUGGAAUUGUGGACAUUUUGCUUCAAAACUCGCCUUCACCAAAGGUUUACAUCAUAGAUUGAUGAAGGCUGGUGCGCUCUUGGUCAGGAAUAAAGCAGAUGAUGUGACUAAAUUUAUGAAGAAGUUGAAGGCCCCCUAAUGCAUUUUGCAUAUAACAACGUUGAUGGUCUCAUUUACCUUGCCAUUAUUAAUGCAAAC